ACUAAAUCAACCAAAUCAAAAACUGAUAGUCCUGAGUUACUAUCUACUGACAAGAAUGGCAGCUGUGAAGAUAGUUCUGAUGAUUUUGAUGGUCACAUUGGUCAUGCAAUCUAGACUGGUAUUUUCACAGAAUUGCUCGGCCAAUCUCGGUGCACUCACGACUUGUGCAGCAUAUGUGUUGCCUGGAGGGCCGAGGGUCCUCCCGAGCGCUGAGUGUUGCGGUGCUCUCCGAGCAGUUGAUCGGACAUGCCUUUGCAGUACCGUUGAUAUAAUUAAUCGUAUUCCAAGAGAUUGCAACCUUCCUGUUGUUACCUGUGUGUGAAAGAAGGAAAUGCUAAGGCCAUAUGGAGCAAUAAAUGGGUGUCUAUUGUUUUUCACCUUCCUUCCUCUUGCCAUCCUUCUCUUUUUCUUUGUUAUCUUUGUUUGUCUUUUGUUUUCUUUUAACUUUUGAGUUGAAGUGGUUCUUCUUUGGGGAAUAAAAGAGGUGUUUAAUGGAACUUAAAUUU